CAUUUCUCCGUGUGGAAAUUGGGGAUUAUUGGAGGAGUGACAGUGUGGAAGGUCUUCUCUUGUCUUGCUCGCGAUCGGAGACUUUGAAACCCUCCCUUCCUUCUCCUUUCACCUAUUCAUCCCAAGCAUUCGACAAUGUCUCCGUUCUCGAAGCUCUUGUUGCUGAUACUGAUGGUGUUCGUCUCAUCCGCGAUCGCCUCCGACGACGAAAGAGUGAGCGAAUUGGUGUCCCUGCAAUCGAGAUCCAAAUCGGGCCUAAUCCGGCUGAACGACCAAUCCCUGGCCCGCUUCCUCACCGCCGUGAAAACCCCUCGCCCUUACUCCAUCCUCCUCUUCUUCGACGCGGCGCAGCUCCACGACAAGCCGGAGCUCCGCCUCACGGAGCUCCGCAACGAAUUCUCCAUCGUCUCCUCCUCCUUCCUGGCCAACAACAACCCUCCCAACACCAACAAGCUCUUCUUCUGCGACAUCGAGUUCAAGGAGUCCCAGCUCUCCUUCUCCCAGUUCGGCGUCAACGCCCUCCCCCACAUCCGCCUCAUUGGGCCCAACAUGGGCCUCAAGGACUCCGAGCCCAUGGACCAGGGCGACUUCUCCCGCCUCGCCGACUCCAUGGCCGAGUUCGUCGAGUCCAAGACUAACCUCUCCGUGGGCCCCAUCCACCGGCCCCCCCUCUUCUCCCGCAACCAGCUCGUCCUCUUAACCGUCUUCAUCCUCCUCUGGAUCCCCUUUCUCCUCAAGAAGCUUCUAGCCGGACAGACCAUACUCCACGACCCUAAGGUCUGGUUGGCAGGUUCAGUUUUCGUUUACUUCUUCAGCGUUUCUGGUGCAAUGCACAACAUCAUUCGGAAGAUGCCCAUGUUCCUCGUCGACCGCAACGACCCUUCCAAGCUCGUGUUUUUUUACCAGGGCUCAGGGAUGCAGCUUGGUGCAGAGGGCUUCGCUGUGGGCUUCUUGUACACCGUCGUGGGCCUGCUCUUGGCGUUUAUGACCCACGGGCUCGUUAGGGUUAGCAACGUCAGCGUGCAGAGGGUGGUUAUGAUUUUCGCGCUCUUGGUUUCGUUUUUGGCUGUCAAGCAGGUUGUUUACUUGGAUAAUUGGAAGACAGGGUAUGGGAUUCACGGCUUUUGGCCCUCUAGCUGGAAUUAAGAGAUUUGACAGAACCAGAAGUUUAAGCAAAAGUAUGGGCAUGCCUUGGCUUACAACAUUUUGUCUUUGUCAGUAUCAUCAUGCAUUAUAAAUUUAUAAUCGGUCAAAUAGUUACUUGACUAGGCCUUCUAUUUAUUAUCAAAUCAAAGCCCCUAUGCUUAAUCGUGAGAUUUGUAGUUUAUAUCUAUUGACAUACUCCUAAAGCAUGAGUUAAAUAAGGUCACGAUCCAAAAACCUUUGUAAUAUUUUCACGGUUUUGCUUGCAUCCUUUAUGAUAACACAUUGUAUUGAACAAGGAGCAAUUUUUUUUUA